GAAAGAACGGAGGCCAAAAUGCAAAACGUCGCUUUGCUUGGUCAUAACGCGGACAGAGGGGCGCCCGUCCGGCGGCAGACGCAGAGGGAGGACGAGGGGAAGCAUCAAGGAAAGCAAUCACCCGAUCGAUCCAGAUCAAGAUCGGAGAAUGGAGGGUUGGGACCGGAAUACGAAAUCGGCUCUGACGCAGAUCCCGCUGCUGUCGACGCGGGCGGGGCCGCGGGACGGGGCGGCGUGGACGCAGCGGCUGAAGGAAGAGUACCGGGCGCUGAUCGCGUACACGAGCAUGAACAAGGCCGGAGACAACGACUGGUUCCGCAUCGCCGCCGCCAACCCGGAGGGCACCCGCUGGGAGGGCACCUGCUGGUACGUCCACAACCUCCGCCGCUACGAGUUCGUCCUCCAGUUCGACAUCCCCGUCACCUACCCGGCCACCGCCCCCGAGAUCGAGCUCCCCCAGCUCGACGGCAAGACCCACAAGAUGUACCGGGGAGGGAAGAUCUGCCUCACCGUCCACUUCAAGCCCCUCUGGGCCAAGAACUGUCCUAGGUUUGGAAUUGCACAUGCCCUUUGCUUGGGCCUUGCACCGUGGCUUGCGGCAGAGGUGCCCAUUCUGGUGGACUCCGGCAUGGUGAAGCACAAAGAUGACGAAGCAUCAUCUACCAAAUCUUAAGACCUCACUUCUGCAUUUCUGUCCGGUUCCAGCAGUUUACAGGACUUUGGUUUUACCUCAGAUAGAAAAUUUCUUGUUGACAAACCGACUUUGUUAUUUGACUUUUUGAAUCAGUCUUACCAUACUCAUUAAAUAUUGAUCAUGUAGCCUUUAUGUAAGUUGUAUACUUUCUGAAUAAUAAUUAAAUCAACAUGAUGUGGUUUCUAUUGGUUA